GCCAUCAUUCCCCUAUUCCCCCCCCCAGUAUCCCUGACGGAUUUCUCCCCAGAUUACCCACACCUGUAUCCACAGUUGUAGAUCGAUCGCGAACGGAUCUCUUUCAUUUAUAUUGGGGCAAACAUACCAGAAUGGCCGAAGUAAAACCGCCAACCCAACCAGGUGUACCCCGCAAAAGAGGCCGCCCCCGAACCAACCAUUCUGACGAUCACGAAGUCCCCGAGAAACGUCGCAAGCAACUUCGCGAGGCGCAGCAAACCUACCGUCGACGAAAGGAAACAACCAUCAAUAACCUACAGUCUCGCGUCCAGGAGUUGGAAUCGGGCAUCGAGGAGCUGAGCCAGUCGUUUCUCUCGUUCAGUAAUCUCCUCUUAGGGGAGAGUAUACUGGAUGGUCGUCCACGCAUUACAUCUGCUUUACAGGCAAUUACUCAGCAAUGCGUGUCGCUGGCCCGAAAAGGCGCUGCUGAUGCUCAAGCUGAGCCGAGGCAAACCCUCGUGCCCGAUCAGGAUGGAGGAAGCGGGAACUCGUCGCAAUCUACACCAGCGAAGGAAAUCCUUCUGGAUUUUGAUGCUGAGAUUACCCGCGAAGUACCUAUACCCUAUUCAGGGAAUUCAACUCCUUCAUCCUUGACGGCGCUUACUCAGUGGGGGAAGAUGUCGCUCCCUCAUACGCCGCCUCCGCAGGACCCGAUGCUUCCUUUCGGUUUCUUUCCGAGGAAUCCUGCGCCUGCCCCUUCGCUUCCUAGUCCACCACUUUCAUGGUCGCCAGACAGUCCGUCGCAGGAAGCACAACUGUCCCUCUCACAUCGUAUUGUACGGGAGUGUUGCCGCAAUGGCUAUCAAUUGCUCGUUUACUCGCCUAAUGAUCCGAAAGUUGAAGAGGUGUUUGGAGGUCUACUAAAUGAGGCGGAGCGUAUGAAUCACGUAUCGGGAUUCUAUGAUGCUAUGCAUGAUGACUUAGGUGACAUGGUUGAUGCCAGGACUAAAGUUCUUAGUCCCAUGCAUCCGAAAAAACACAGCUUCUCGCAAACUCAACUUGCUCGUUCGACUAAGACUUGGGAGCUGGUCUUCCAGGGCAAUGAAGAAUGGAUUGAUGCGUGCGGGGUGCAGAGACUUUUGCUGGAGAGGGGAAUUGAUGUCCAAUCUGGUGAUCGUAUUUCAAGCACUGUGUUUCGCGUGAAAAACUCUGCAUUGUUAUUUGAUGUGGCUAAUUUUAUAAGACUUUUAUCUGUGGAAUGCGUUUGCGUUGGCAAGGGACCAGCCUUUAGGCGAACUAUGGUCGAAAAGAUCUUACUUGCCUCCACUUCUAGUAACCCAUGGACAUAUGAUACUCCAUUUCAAGUCGUACCCGGCUUUAAUUUUUAA